CUAAGCAACAACAAUCCAUCCUCUGCCGUUUCAUCAUCUUCAAAUCCUCUGACCCUUUACUUUCUUGUGUUCAUCCGCCGUGUCGUCUUUGGAGAUUCUCACCGGAUAGGCCGCCGCCCGCCGUCCGUCAUGUCGUCCAACUCUGGUCAUUUCUGGAGCUUCACAAUCCUCAGAUUCCGAAGCUUGCUUCUUCAACUUUCUCAUAAGAUAAACACCUCCGCCCCCGCCGGUGGGUGCCGUCGUCGUCCGGUAUCGGAGCCGCCGCAGAGCUCCUCCGUUGCCGUGGUUCCGUACAGCUUCCGUUCCUUUGGUCUGUCGUCCCUCCUCAGAUCUUAUUGUCCCAGGGCAAAAUGGAUAUUUGGGUCCCUAUUGUCUCUCUUUGUACCUAGUUGGAAUAAAUGGCAAGCUCUUGAAGACGAAGCGGAAAAAGGGAUCGAAGAGGCGGAGCAUGUAGCAGAAGUAGUAGAAAAGGUAGCAGAAUUAACAGAGAAGGUAUCAGCAGAAAUUGGGGAGAAGCUUCCUGAGAAGAGUAGGAUGAAAGAUGCAGCUGAAGCUGUAGAGAAGUAUUCCAAGGAAAUUGCCCACGAUGCUCUCCUUGCACAACACAUCCUUCACAAGGUGGAAGAAUGGAAGCAAAAGCUAGACAAAUCAGAGGCAGAUAUUAAUGAACAGAUGAAAAAGAUAGUAAAUAAGUGAAAAUAUUAUUAA